AUGUCUAACAUAACUUUCCUCCCCUCGCUUGUUCUCAAGAUCUCUUUCAUUAUUUUAUUAACUAGUUUCAUUACCGAUCCAGUUGGAUUUGUUGCGACCAGCUUGUUGGGUAUCGUUGGCCUUCUUCUCUUCAGCUUUGCACGUUUCCUUGUUGAUGCCGCCAACCAAGAGAAGGCUCGUCUAGAGACUAAGCAUCGGCAGCACAGCCAGCAGCAACAAUCGCAGAGAACUUCAUUUGCUCCUUCUGGUUGUAACAAUAAAGCCUCUUUUGCCGCAAGCAGAACCGAGGCAGAACGAAGCGUAGGUCAGCAGAGGUGGGUGUGA